GGAAUAUGCCAGGAAGAGCUCUCUGGACAACAGAGAAUGAGAGCUGCCUUAUAGUGCAAAAUAAGCCAUUAUACAAAAUAUUUUCCAAUUCCUUUGGAAAGUUUAAAAACUAUUCUUCCUCAGCAGAUCACAGAUGAGGGAAAGAAUAACAAGAACAAAGUUUUGAGCUGGAAAAAAUAGAGCACACGGAACUGAAGAAAAACAUCAAAUGAGAAAUCAAGGAGGAUAAUUUUUAAAUAAAGAAAAAGUGAGAAACUUCCAGUAAAAAGCCAUGCAAAUGUUUCGCAAAAACUUUUCUCAGAAAAGCUUCCUCAUGAUUCAUGGAAGAACCCAUACUUGAGACAAGCCCUGCCUUUGAAUGUCCUGUUUGUGGGGAAAGUUUCAGGCAGAAUUCCCACCUGGUAGAACACCAGAGAAUUCACACAGGAGAAAAACCACAUCAGUGCCUGGAUUGUGGGAAACGGUUCAGUCAGAGUUCCUACCUGGUGAAACACAAGAGGACUCACACUGGGGAGAAACCCUUUGAAUGUCCUGUUUGUGGGAAAAGUUUCAGUCGAAAUUUCAUCCUAGUAGAACACCAGGCAACACACACAGGAGAGGAACCAUAUAAAUGUCCUAUUUGUGGGAAAAGUUUUAUUCGAAAUUACAACCUGGUGAUACACCAGAGAAUUCACACAGGAGAAAAACCAUAUAAAUGUGCUGUUUGUGCGAAAAGUUUCAAUCAGAAUUCCAGCCUGGUGGAACACCAGAGAACUCACACAGGAGAAAAACCAUAUCAGUGUUUGGAUUGCGGGAAACGGUUCAGUCGAAGUUCCUGCCUGGUGAAACACAAGAGGACUCACACAGGAGAGAAACUGUAUAAAUGUCCUGUUUGUGGGAAAAGUUUCAGUCUGAAUACCAGCUUGGUGAAACACCAGAGAACUCACACAGGAGAAAAACCAUAUCAGUGCCUGGAUUGUGGGAAACAUUUCAGUCAGAGUUCCUGCCUGGUGAAACAUAAGAGGACUCACACUGGGGAGAAACCCUUUGAAUGUCCUGUUUGUGGGAAAAGUUUCCGUGAGAAUUCCUGCCUGGUGAGACACCAGAGGACGCACACAGGAGAAAAACCGUAUGAGUGCCUGGAUUGUGGGAAAAGUUUCAAGGAGAGUUCCCACCUGGUGGAACAUCACAGGACACACACAGGAGAGAAACCAUACAAAUGUAGUGAUUGUGGAAAAGGUUUUAAGCAGAGAUCUAAGCUUGUGAGACACCAGAGAACUCACACAGGAGUAAAACCAUUUCAAUGUCCAGAUUGUGGGAAAAGUUUCAGUCAGAAUUCUAAUCUGAUGAUACACCAGAGAACUCACACUGGAGAAAAACCUUAUCGGUGUCUGGAUUGUGGCAAAAGUUUCAAGCAGAAUUCUAAGUUUGUGAUGCACCGGAGGGCUCACACUGGGGAGAAACCAUAUGAGUGUCCAGAUUGUGGGAAAAGUUUCAAGCAGAAUUCCAUGCUUGUGAUACACCAGAGGUCUCACACAGGAGAAAAACCAUAUGAGUGUCCAGAUUGUGGGAAAGAUUUCAGUAUCAGGUCUAACCUUAUAAAUCAUGUAAGGUUACACACAGGGGAGAAACCAUUCAAGUGUCCAGAUUGUGGGAAGUGUUUCGCACAAAAUUCCUCUCUUAUUGUACACAAGAAAUUCCAUUUGAAACAAAAUUUGAUGUGUGUAGAAGAAUCUUGAACUUCAUUUCUCUUCUGACUUUGGAAGCCCAGUUGAGAAAUUAACCAUUUAAUUUCUUGUUUUAUUCUUUUUAGUCAAACAUGUCUUGAUAUCAGACAUGAGGGAGGAGAUCUGAGCUUCCUUUCUCUGGAGGAGUGUGGUUGUUCCUCUUCACAGCAUCGAGGGGAAUUGGGCCAGAGAAAAGGCACUUAGAUCUCUAUUAGGUAUAUUUGCCACCUUGAGUUAUUUCUACAUCUAAUUAAGGUGGGAUAUAGAUGUGUGUGUGUGUAUGUAUUUUUAUUUAGAAAUUGUGUAUGGCAGCCCAAUACAAUGUGACUCCAGACAGUUUACAGCAAUAAAAUACAGAAAGCAAUCAACAUAUAUGGUAAAUAGCAAAAUACAAAGCCUUGAUAUUUGGCAUACUCCCACACCAUUGCAUUCCCCACCAGACUAAAAAGGGCCCAGGUGUCGUCUUCCUGCACAGCCCUUUCUCUGGGUGGCAAACUCAGAGGUGCAAGCAGAGGGUGAGUUGUAGUCCUAAGCUGCCAGCCUUUCACUGUCCUCUUCAGCUGUAAUUAGAAAAGAUCUGAAUUUGCAGCAAUGCCUUGAACUGCUCUGCCAGGAAAACCUCUCAUGAUUUUAUUAUGCAUAGAAAACUGCUGUUGAAGGUAUAAAGCCUGCCAGGAUGCCAACUGUCCAGAAGGGGGGAAAUUACACUUCCAGCUCUCUCUUGAGCCUG